ACUAGGGGCAGGACGACACUGGGUCGCUCACUGGCCCAGAGCGCGCAGCUCACUCGGGAUGACAGCAGAGCGUUCGGCGAGUUCUAAAUUAGUUUGUUAAACAGCUAAUAGUCAAUGACUAGUGACGAAAACAAGGAUUAGAACGCCGUUAUUUUGCUAAAAAAAAAAAAAGGGUGACAGAAACUAUUUCGGACGUAAGGCUAACCGCUUUAGCAACCCACCACUGGCUAGCUUGUGUUAUGUCUGCUAAAGCGCUUCGCGUCAACGUAGUUAGCCGAGUUAAACCCGUCUGAUGUGGCCGGACACUUGGCGCCGCUGUGCUCGACAGCAUUCACGGAGAAAUUCGUUGCAGGAGAUUGAGACGGUCCAGUCGAGAAGUCAUGACGUCGACGCCCUUUUGAUCCGACAACAUAUGCAGAGGGGCGCUUUUGACUUCGCGCUGUCAACAAGCUCGCUUGGCGUUCGCUACCCCGGCUAGCCAGCUAGCUUCCACUCGGCCAUGGCGAAGAUAGACAACGGCCGCCAGUCGUCGGACACGACGAGCAUCCGGACCGUCAGCAGCAGUCGCAUAGACGACGAAAGCUCUCUGGGAUCCGACUCGGAGAUCAACGGCUUCGCCAGCGACAGGCAAACGGACAAAUACGGAUUCAUCGGUGGGGCGCAGCAGUACUCGGAGGCGUCAUCUCAGGAUGUGCCUACAGAGGUGCUCAGGCAAAGGGAGGUGAAGUGGCUGGACAUGCUCAACCACUGGGACAAGUGGAUGAUCAAGAGAUUCGACAAGGUGAGGCUGCGGUCCCAGAAAGGAAUCCCUCCAGCCCUCCGAGGCCGUGCAUGGCUCUACCUGUCGGGGGGUAAGGUGAAGAGAGAGCAGAACCAAGGGAAGUUUCAGGAGCUGGACAGCCAGCCGGGGGAACCCAAAUGGGUUGAUGUGAUUGAGAAAGACCUCCAUCGACAGUUUCCUUUCCAUGAGAUGUUUGUGUCGCGGGGAGGACACGGGCAGCAGGACCUGUUUCGUGUUCUCAAGGCCUACACUGUCUACAGGCCAGAGGAGGGAUACUGCCAGGCUCAGGCUCCAAUUGCUGCUGUGUUACUCAUGCAUAUGCCUGCUGAGGAUGCCUUCUGGGGACUGGUCCAAAUUUGUGAGAAGUAUCUUCCUGGCUACUACAGUCCUGGCCUGGAAGCUAUACAGUUAGAUGGAGAGAUCCUGUUUGCUCUGCUGCGACGCGUCUCCCCACUAGCUUUCCGACAUUUGGAAAAACACAAGAUCGACCCCAUCCUCUACAUGACUGAAUGGUUUAUGUGUGCCUUUUCCCGAACGCUGCCUUGGGCCUCCGUGCUGCGUGUCUGGGACAUGUUCCUCUGUGAUGGAGUAAAGAUAAUCUUCCGUGUGGGUUUGGUGCUGCUGAAGUGCAUGCUAGGGACCCGGGAGAAACUGAAGGCCUGCCAGGGCCAGUAUGAGACCAUGGAGCUUCUCCGAGCCAUAGAGCCUCGAUACAUGCAGGAGGGUUACCUCGUCCGAGAGAUUCUGGAGGUGCCGGUGACCGCACGAGACGUGGAAAGAGAGCAUCACACCCAGCUGAAGCGCUGGAAGAAGAACCGCGGAGAGCUGAACUUCAAGCCGCCACCGAGGAUGCACGGCGCGCGGCUCAUCAUGUUGGCUGAGCCGCCCAGGCGCCAGGAUCUGCAGCAGAAUCCCACCAUUGUACUAGAAGUGCCUCCGCCCACCCCGCAGCUGAAGAAGGGCAAGGGGGAAAGGAAGAGCAAGAAGAAAAGGAGCAUGAAGAAAUCCCCACCCAUUGUGGAGAUCCCCAACCCUUACCCUCUUGCUAGGGACUCUACACCUCCACCUCCACCCUCGGAUCCGCCUGCCCCACCACCAGUCAUGGACGAGACACCCGAGAUCAUGCCACAAACUAAAACAGUCUCUCCUCUUCAGCAGCAAGCGCCUCCUUCAGACCUCCCCCCUGCCAAGGAAUCUCCUCUUCAGCAAUCUUCACAAAGCCUUAGCAGCACAGAGCAAGACACAUACCUGUAGCUCCGUGUGUGUGUGUGUGUGUGUGUGUGUGUGUGUGUGUGUGUGUGUGUGUGUGUGUGUGUGUGUGUGUGUGUGUGUGUGUGUGUGUGUGUGUGUGUGUGUGUGUGUGUGUGUGUGUGUGUGUGUGUGUGUGUGUGUGUGUGUGUGAGUGUGUGUGAGAGUGAGUGAGUGAGUGUGAAAAAGAAGCACCAGCACCCUUCAGCCAAGAACCAGCCAGCUUUGUCUGAGUCUAGAGGUCUCUGGACUGCCCAGCAUCAAUAUAAUUCUAGUGUUGGACAGUUUUUUUUCUCUCAUUCCUUUUAGAGACGGCUAUGCCUUUUGAUAUUAUCGAUGUACAAAAACAUCCUUGCUGUGUAAAACUACUUUGAUGCUUACACCAUGUCUCCACACGAAGCGGAUGUUACCUCCUCUUCAUGCUUUUAUUCAGACCAUAAGUCUUAGCGUCCUGUUUACAAAGGAGUCACGUUACUUUUGGGAGCAGAGUCACAUCUUCAGACAAAGUGUGAUUUAAAAUGGGACUCCAAGAACAAGGAGGUGCCACCGCUUUUUACAGUUUGUCUUCACAUUUUAAGGCAAAUUCAACACUAUUAAGUUCAUCUGUAGCGCUGUGCAGCACUGGACACAAACGAAAUGCUUUUCAACAACUUCAGCCAUUAUCUUUCAUUAGGGGUUUUGUGCACUAGAGGGCACCGUCGCAGAGUUGUCAGCCUUAUUUCCUGUAACAUUCCCUGUGAGCUAAGGUUAUCACAGCAGGGAUGGGGUUCCUUUAAGAACUCACUCAGUAUGGGAGAUAUUUUUUUCUGAGAUUGAGCUUGCAUGUAUUAAUCCACUUGGGAAACUUGUGCAUUUCUUGUGUCAUAUUCACACUUUUGAAGUGAAAUCAAUCUUACUGAAGCAAUGAAAUCACACCACAGCGAAUUCAUGCAAGCCUUUUUCUACAAGCGCUAUUUAUUUAAAGAGCAGUCCAAACAUUAGGUUUGUACAUGCCCUGCUAGUGCUCAAACGGUCACCUAUUUCAGAGUCCGUUUAAUUGAUGCAGUUGAACUCUGUGUAAACUAUAAUAACCAGCGUGCCAGGCACUUUAAAGCAGCAGUCAUUCAUGUUACCUGGGCAACAGGGCAGAACACAUUCCUCCUUGUAUGACACAUUUCUGCCUUGUUAAAAAAAUCAAAAAGUCAGAAAACUGUCUUUUGCCAAAUUUAAAUAUAUAUAUAUAUAUAUGAUGUAUGUAUUUGUGUACAUGUAUCCUAUCCCAACUGGGGCAGUGAGUGAUUUCAAAUCAUCCUAAUGGUGCUGAUCUUCCACUGGACAAGUAACCAUUUAAGGGGCCAAGCAGAUCUUAUUGUGUAGUAUGUUUAUAUAUGUAUAUAUUAUUUUUGUGCUAGAAUUUCCAAAGCAAAUCAAGACUGUUGUUUUGAGACGAUCUUCGACCGCUACCUGUGACCAGACUCAUUCCAUUACCACAGUUGAGGGAUCAUAAGAUUUCAAGAUUAAUUGGGGUAUUUGUAGCAUUUAUCUCAUGAAAAAUUGUCUUAUUUUUUUGGGAUAUCGGGAGAUAUCCAGGGGUUGUGAGGCUUUUUGUUGUUGUUUUUUCCAAACAUGUUGGAUAACCACUUCCUGACGAUUCAAGUUUGUUUUCUAACUUUCAUCACAAUGAUAAAGGGAGUUUUGACAAGCACAAGUACACAUUGGGAUGUGUUUGUGUGUAUACUUAAUAAACACCCCCAAAAAAAGCAAGUUAGGUCAGUUAUUAAAAAAGCAAUGGGAUUCAAAAGGAUAAUUCAAUGUCCAAGCAGUCACUUGCCUCAAUAGUUUUUAGUUGCUUGUAUUACACACAUUUACACAUUUUUGCUGAUAUUCUGUUUUAAUUUAAUGCUCUUUAGAAAUGACAUGUAAAAUAACAUUCUUUUGUAAUGACAUCUAUUUUGGACCAUAUAAUGCCAUAUUUUAUUGAGCAGUUACAGAAACUGCAGAGGUGCCAUCUUGAUCAUUUGCAGUCCCCGGACAGUAUAUUUCGCAUCAACAUUUGUAACACUAGGGGGAAAAUGCUUGUUCAUUCGGAAUUUGGGGGGAACUUCUGCCACUGAAAAUGCAUCAUCACGAGUUUAACUUUUGCAAAUAAAAUUUUAUUUAAGGCAAACUUA